UUUGCAACUGCAAGUAAAUCAGUUGACGCUCCAAUACUCAACUAGUUUAAUUAAAACCAAACACUGAUCGCUGUCCAAAGGUUGACAAAGGAAGAAUGGCUGCUCACGAGUUGCCCGAAAUGCCAAAUGGGCCUGUAAUGGAAUUGCACGGUCAGAGGAAACGAUUCCAUGUGCCCCAUGGUUUGAAGCCAUUGCUUGAAGAAAUCACUCGAGAAAUCUUGAGGUAUCAGCCAAACGACAUUUACGCCUUUCUCUCAAAGUUCAUGGAGUCAAAAUUGGCCAAACGGGAGGCAGCAUCCAAAGAAAAACGCAAUAGCGGAAAUCGGCGUUGGAACUCUUUGGAAGGACCGGAUCUUUUAGACCUCGCUGAACUGGAUGAGUUAUUGGAUGAGUUGAACAUCUCCAAGGACAUAGCUGACAAACAUGCGACCAAAAUUCAAGCAGCAUUCCGGGGACACCGAGCUAGGCGCAGUUUAACAGAAAAGGGCAAAACUAUCCACAAGGACCACAGGAAGAGUUGGGAGUGGAAAAAAUGGAGUUGGGAAGGACCAUCUACUCUCGACAAUGAUCAACUUCAAGAGUUUCUAGAAGAAUUAAACGUGGACUUGGAAAGUGCCAACAAACAUGCCACAAAGAUUCAAGCAGCAUUCCGUGGUCAUGCUGUACGCCGGUGAGUCACGAAUGAAAGCUAUAAUCAAUUUUUUAACCAAUGACCAUUACGGUUCGCUAAACACAUUACUUACUCAGGAAGAGCAAAGAAGGUACCAAAAAAGAUGAUGGCGAAAAGAAACUCGAAGAAGCAGCCAGCUCACAGCCCUCUCCUCCCACUGCCGAACCGGCGACGGCGGAAGUCACACAAGAGCCACCGGCAAGAGGUUCCAUCGGAGCAUCAGGUCCUGCCGUAGAAACCACUGAAGAUGGUCAACCUCGUAAAUCUGCACCAGGUCGAGCGUCCAAACCAGAAGCCACGGAAGCAGACUCUCCAGCUCCAUUACCACCACCAGAAAAUAAGGAACCAAAUUCUGAAAUAACUGGUGAAAUUCAGUCGGAGACGGAAAUGUCAGACAACGAAGCAGAAAUGCCAUCAAUUGCGAGCCAAGACGAAGCCUUUACUGGUGACGAGGAGGAGACUUGAUCAUGUAAAAAUAAAAAAAGGUGCUCAUAAAAAUAGGUGGUGAAAUACAACACACACAAUAGUAGUUUGAAGUUAUGUUAACUACUUGUCAAUCCGUGAUUCACCAACUGGAUAUUUGUCAAGAUUUGAAUAUAAUCAAUUUGAAUAGGCACACUGAUUUACUGCAACUUUAUUAUUCAAAAUGCUUUCACUCUCGAAUGGAAUGAUUAGAUUAGGCUUUACAAGAGAUCAUAAAUGUACAACACCACAUAAACUUCAAUUGUCAUAA